CAAGCCGUAAACAGCCCCGGAAAAAUUACUCUUGUGGGUUCCCACCUGGCGACUGUUUUUCUUCUCCAGUACACCUCGCCAGCGCGAUAACUUAACUGCGGCGGCAGCCGCCGGCCCGCCGCCCAGCUGCGCAGGUCUUCGUCGCGCCGGCCACUAGAACGCAGCACAUAAGGUACGCCGGCCCUUCCCCUUCUCUUCCCUUUCCUUCCCUGUGUGCAAAAUUGAGCACCCGAACCCUAACUUGAGCUACUUGCUAUUUGUAUUCGGAUCUGUUCUAAUCACAAGCGUGUACAUGUAUUAUGCCUACUUAACUUCGGUUUUUCUACCGGGUGUGCAUGUCGAAGCCCAUGCCCUUUAUUGGCUCCAUCUCUGUUGUUGUCUGGUGCCCUACUGAUUCAGUGCAUCCAUCCACUGGCGGCCCCAUUAGGUUCUUCGUUACGGAGUAAGAUCAAUUUUAGCCAUGGUGCUGGCGCAGCUCGUUUUUCUGAAGUUUCGGGACUUCAAUUGAACCCUUGAGUGGACAGCCACAAAACCAUGGCUGCGGUUGCCGGCGUGUCGGAACCGCCAAUGGUGGAGCAAGUGAUCACUGAAUUCUUCGCCAAGAGCCUCCACGUCAUCCUGGAGUCGCGCUCACCCUAUGAUUCGUCGCGGAACUUCACACUGCCCUCCCCACCGUCGUCGCCACUGGCUGGCAGCCAGCCACGUGACCGGUGGUUCAACCUUGCUCUCCGGGACUGCCCUGCCGCGCUUGAGAAUUUUGACCUGUGGAGGCAGAGCAACCUCGAGCCUCUGGUCAUUGACAUUGUCCUCCUGCAACGUGACAACACCAGAACCGCCAGUGUCGAGGCCAGCAGGAUCAUCGAGAGGUGGGUAAUUAAGUACGAAACUAGCAGGUCUGGCAAUGUUAUCAAGAACACUGACAAGAACGCUAGAAGCAGCUGUUCUCAGGAUCAUAGCUUGUACAGGAGGGCGUACAUUGGCUCGACAGUGUUGUUCCGGUCAUUGUAUCUGGUUGUCAGGCUCUUGCCAGCAUACCAUCUUUUCGAGGAGCUCAAUUCAUCUGGAAGGAUCUGUCCGUUAAGCCUCUUGCACAGGAUUUCAUCAUUUGUUGAGCCAUUCACCCGCGCAGAGGAUGCAGAGAUGAAACACUUUGCAUUUGCUCCGAUUGAAACUCUGCUUGGUUCCUUAAGCUUGUCAGUUUCGUAUGUACCUGUGUUGGAGUUGGCUGCAGUCCCAGAGCAGUCCACACCAAUGCCACCUGAACUUAUAAAGGAUUAUGUCGGAAGCCCCACAACAGAUUUUCUUAGGAAGCUUGAUUCCCUACCUUCAGAUGGCAUUGCACCUGCAUGUUUUCCAGUGACCAGGCGGCACAGUUGGAGCACUGGGCAUGGAGUUAGACCACCGGCAUCACCAUUUCUUAUGAGUUCAGAACCCCAUGGACGCCUACAGCCAUGUAUGCCUACCGAUAAUUCUCCGACAGCAUACAUACAUCCACAUAUUACAUCAUCAUCUGAGAAAAAGAGAAAUACAGUAAAUGAAGAGUGUUAUUCAUCGCCACCUCUGUCUCCAUCACCAUCUCAUCCGCCUUCUAGCUACCCAAGAAAUCCUUUCUUCAGAUAUGGGAGUGCUCCAUUAAGUAUUCCCACAGUGAGGGCUGGCGGAGGUGGUAGCAGGCUGCCUCCUUCUCCACGAAGGAAGGAUAAACAGCAAUGCUCAUCUCAAAAUGAGAAUCUGACACAUUCUCCCAAUGAUAAAUCAAUAGUAUCAAAGGAUUUGGUCAAGCUUAGUGAGUUUCAUAAUGCGAAGUAUUUGCAAAAGGUUUUAUCGUUUGGUAAUGAUGAUUUAAUGUAUUUUCGUGGACUAAAGUUGACCCAUACCUCCAGCAAACUUUUCAUCAUGGAUGAACUGGAUGAACGGGAGUUGGUUUUUGCAUGGGAAGAUAAAGACACCAUCAUUGAUCAGCUUAACAGGUUCACUUUCUGGUUUUUGACGAAAAUAUGUAUACUUCAUUACAUUAUGCCAUGAUGCCAUCAUUGAUCAGCUUAACAGGAUUGAUCUCUCUGACUGGGAGGACCAUGAAUCGAGCCAGGAACUUGGAGGCUCGUUAACGAGAUCUCCAGAUGCAGCGAUCGGUAUUCUUAUGCGCGUCCUAAAGAACGCCCCAGGCCUCAGGGAAAGGCUACUGACAGUCCCCAGUGCUGGCACAGUUCCUCAAGAACCUUCUUCACUCCAGAGGGUAGUGACUGAGGAACAUGGCAGCGGAGCAUCAAGCUCUGCGGUGGUGCCUUCUGCUCUUCUGAGGUCAAGGACAGCGGCGGACGCGCUGCAGGAGCUGAACAGGUACAAGCAGAUUAGAGAAUCGAUACUGAGCCGCAGCAGAGGGCAUCCCUGCAGCACCGAGCUGGAGGAGAACCCCGCGGAUGGAGACCCAUAGCAUACAGUAUGACGACGAAAGCGAGCUGUAUAUAAGUAGAGAAGGCUAGAAGCUAGCUGGCUGUCUUUUAAGUUGCUGGUGGCUGCUGAGAUGAUUUUGGAAAUUAGGUAGCUGCUAGGAACUGACCAACUCUCUAUAUCUGCUAUACAUGUAUAAGCUACGGCAGACAUAUAUAUCUGGGAUGAUGGCCCACUUGCUGGGUUGUGUAAAGUCGAGACGUUUAACUGAAGUUCAUGCCGUGAAAAUGUGGUUGACCUUGGCUCUGUUCUGUCGA